ACAAAAUGAGGAAGGCUCAAGCAGAGGUAGAUUCACUGCUGGGUACAAGAACACCAACUUACGAAUCACUUUAAAAACUGCAGGAAAAGGGAAAGGAAGAGAGGGGGGAUGCCAUGUCGAGAUGAAAAACUGGCAGCAUUAAAAUAGGGACUCUCUUCCCAGAAAUUAAAGAGUCAUUACAACACGUUUAAAUUGAAGAUAAUUGAAAUCCCCUGCUUGCUUUAUUUGAAUUGUUUUUUAACUGCUAUGCGAGCUGUUGGUCCAACUCUUCUCAAGGACUAAUCUCUGUUAAAGCUUUAUCGCUUGAUCAACUUGUAGGUUAUGCUUGCUACUGUCCGAUGUGAAGAAAUUGCCCGGGAGAAGUAUAAAGCUGCAAAGGAGUUUCUUUCAAAUCAGGAAUUGCAUCAACUGGAAGAGGAUAUGAAACGUAGCCCUACUGAAUAUUUGAACAGGCUCAGUUCACAAAUUGAUACUUGUUUGUCAGAGUCUCUGUUUGCUUCUAAGGCGAUAAAAGCCGGAGAUUGUAUUUUGAAGGUUUCUUAUAGAGUGCAAAUAACAGCAGAUAAUAUCCCUGCUAAGAUCAAAUCUCUGAUCAGUGAGGAAGUUGCGAAUGUUGCAAAACUUGCUGUUCUUCUUCUAAUUGAGGGGAAAUUGGGUCAGGACUCUCAGUGGAAUCCUUAUAUCUGCCGUCUACCAUGGCAAGAGGAGCUGCAUAACACGGCAGGUUUUCUUUUCAUUUUAGUUUUUGAGUAAUGAUCUUUAUCUUUUUAACAUGGUAAAAAUUGUUCUUGUUACAUGGUGUAUGACUAUGAUUUAUUUUUCUUUUACACAUUUCAUUACCUUGUGCUAUUAUAAACUAUAUUAUUAACUAUUGUAUUUCUUUUGAUCUUAGACUUUUUUGAAUGAAAGUGAGCGGGAGAUGAUUCAUCGAAGCUCGGUUUAUUGGGAAACAAUUAACCAAAAGUCUCAAAUUGAAAGGGACUUCUUGGCGAUCAGGCCUGUAAGUGCUUUGUGUCGGCUAUAUAUAUAUAUAUUCUAUCUUAUGAAAUGCAAGUCAUUUUCUGCCAGGGGAGGAAUACACAUAUAUAAUAGGAUGAAACAUCUUAAGAAAAAACUAAUCAGAAUAUAGAAACUUUAUACUAGAAUAGGUAGUCUUGGAGUAUGGAGUAUAAGAGGUCAUGAUGAAUUGAUUACUUCUAUAUUUGAAAUUUAGAAUCAUCAAGAGUUCUUUCAAUCAAAAUUAAAGAAAUGUAUUGAGGACAGUAGAAGAACAAUGUUUGAGAUAGAAGAUCUUGGGGUUUCUAUUCUUUAAGAUUUGCAUGUACAGCGACAGUCUCUACUGCAAGCAAAUAACACGGUAGUGUUUAGCUUUCUUGAAUAACUAACGAUUUGUCUGCGUUUCUUUUGGUAAUUAGUUAUAUUUUAAGAACUAUACACCCCUGAAAUAAAAACUUAGACAGUAUUUUGACUUUUAUCUCUGGAAUUUGACUCUCAUGUGGUAUUUGUAUAGUGUGUUUCUAGUUUCUUAACUUUAUUUGCGGUUGAAGAUAUGUUCUUUUGUCUA